GUUGGUGAUUGUGGUGCUGUGUUGGGCAGUUUCAUACCUUCUCCAAUAUCCAGCUAUUCUCCAGAAGCCGACAGUGCUGGUGGCUUUACUCUACCGACAGAGUAUUCUCCGUUGGACUGGAAAGCGGAAUUACUGGUCAGUCCGCAUAAUGCGGACAACGAGAUGGACGUGAAUCGACUCCGGUCCAGUCAUCCGACCCACGAAUCUGCUUUCGUGAUCCGAGAUGACCGUCUUUUGGGUGAGUAG